AUGCUGCUGCCGGGGAACGCGUCCUCCGGCUGGGCUGGGGUCGCCGGGUGGAACCUGUCCGAGGCGCAGGACGCGGGUUCAAGUCCGGAGGCGGUGGUGGUGCCGCUGGUGUUCGGGCUGAUCUUCGUGGUGGGCCUGGUGGGGAACAGCCUGGUGAUGCUGGUGAUCUGCGGGGUGAGGUGCAGCGGGGCCAGGGGGGGGGGAGGAGGAGGAGGGAGGAGAACCGGCAGCACCACCAACAUCUUCAUCCUGAACCUGAGCGUGGCGGACCUCCUCUUCCUCCUGUUCUGCGUCCCGCUGCAGGCCGGGGUCUACUCGCUGCCCCAGUGGGUGUUCGGCUCGUUCCUCUGCAGCUUCGGACACUUCUUCUUCACCGUGUCCAUGCUGGUCAGCAUCUUCACGCUGGUCGCCAUGUCCGUGGACCGCUACGUGGCCGUGGUGCGCUCCAACCAGGCUCCGUGCGUGAGGAGCCGCAGGAACGCGCUGGUCGGGGCGUGCGUCAUCUGGACCCUGUCGGUGGCGUGCGCGUGGCCGGUGGCCCAGCACCAGACCCUCAGCGGGCACGCGCUCGCCCCCAACAGCACGUUCUGCUGGGAGCAAUGGGGCGGGGCCUCCAGGCGCGCGUACCGCGUGUCCAUCCUGCUGCUGGGAUACCUGCUGCCGCUGCUGCUCAUCAGCCUCUGCUACACCCGGGUUUUGUUUCAUCUUUACAAGAAAAUGAAGACGAUGUCACAGAAGUCUGAGAGCGUCAAGAGGAAGACGACUCAGAUUGUUCUCCUGGUCAUCGGCGCCUUCACCAUUUGCUGGAUGCCUCAUCACAUCAUCGCCAUGUGGGUGGAGUUCGGCACCUUCCCUCUGAACGACGCCACCUUCGCCUUCCGUAUCGUGUCCCACUGUCUGUCCUACGGGAACUCCUGCAUCAACCCCGUCCUCUACGCCUUCCUGUCCGAGAACUUCCGUAAGUCCUGCCGCAAAGUCUUCAGCUGCCGGUCCGCGUGUCCACCGGCUCCUCAGGGGAAAGUGGUUCGAGUCCCCACGGAGAACUUCUCCUCCACAACCAACAUGGGAAUGAGCGUGAUCAGAUAA